CUUCCCAUCAAGGAAAUUGCAGCAAUUAUAUUUGCUUUAGCGAUUUCCUGUUUCUAGGCUGUCUAAAAAGGUUUUCCCAGAGACUACCAAAAAGGGUCUUCUGUAAAUUACUGUAUUUCUAAGUCAACAAACUCACCCCGCAGAAAUUAAAAAAAAAGGUUCCAUCCUUUUAUGAAUGUCAGCAGAAAAAAGAACAACAAGUGAACCAAGUGUGAGACUCAGUGCAACAGUGCUCUUUUUUCCAUUGCUGAUUCUUUCAGGAGCCAUAAAGGCUUUGUGGGAAUGGCAGUUGUUAUUACCAAACCUCAGGAGGAAUCAGGCAUGGAUCUGACAGAUGUUUGGAUCAAGAAGAAUGAUAUCAUCUUCUUCAGUUGGCAUGGAGUGCCAUUCAUUAACAGAUGAUCCGUUGGGCCUGAAAUUUUGGCGGUUGACUUUGGUGAGCAUUGUUAGCUUACUCUAUUUUUCUAAAAUUUUUCUGAUUGUAAUUCAACAAUUUUUGUAACAGACAACGCAGCGUCAUUAAUGACUUCCUGUCUCAAAAAGUUGUCAAAAGUUGAUGGGUCUCCUGGAGCUGGUGGCCUCAAACAUUGUUUUGCAAAUCGUACGUUUGGUGAGUGACUUUGUCUUAGUGGGGAUCUUCAAUUUCAUCCAGAGAAGACUUCAACGACCAAAAAAUGGCGUUCCUGAAGAUCACAAUGUUGGUGCUGUGGCUGCUGGUUGGUGCUGGUGCAGACUGAGGUCCAGGGCGUUCCUGUGUCAAGACGUCUGCGGCAAAGAUGUGAGGGGCGCCGGCAGUUACGGACGUUGGGUGAUGUUUGUCAGGACAACCCAGUUCCUGGACUGCGUCAGGCAGGCUCAAGGAGGUGAAGCUGUUGUUGCCAAUGGUCUGCGUUGA